ACCCGGCUUCCCGCCCGGGCUCAAACUCCGCCAAACAUUUCCUAAUAAGGCUUCCCAGGUAUUAAACAGCCCACGUUUCUAAAGGGCAGCCGGGGGAAUUAAAAGGGACCGGUGUUCUCGGAUGGUGCCGCUGAGAAACUUCGCGAGCAAAGAGAGCUUGAAAUCCGGCGGGAGUUUCUAACUUGCUUAGCAGCGCAAGAGAGAUCGCGCUCUUAACAUGGGGGAUGUAAAACUGGUAUCUACUCAGAUCUCCAAAGCCACCUUGACUUUGAACCAAUCUUCUCUAAGAUCUCCAGCUUCAACAGAAGCACCAGCGUUUAUUCGACCUCCACGGAAUAUCCAAGUGCCAAUUGGAGGCACAGCAAAGUUUGAAGGACAGGUGAGAGGCAACCCAGAACCUCAGAUCACAUGGUACAGAAAUGACCACCUUGUUACAGGAGAGCGUUGUGUAGCAGACUGCAGCAUCCGGGGAGUUUUCAGCUUGACGAUUAAAGGGGUGCAGGAGGAAGAUGGUGGUCUGUAUAUGUGUCAGGCCAGAAAUGCUGGUGGGAUUCGCCAGGUGACUGUGGAAUUAACAGUGGAAGGAAAAGUUUUGAAGAAAUACAAUUUGCCGUCCGGUGUCAAAAGUUCUGGGGGUCGACCUGCUGUCCUACCUGUAGAACAACGGCCAAGCAUCUGGGGCGAAUGUCCACCCAAGUUUGCUACAAAACCCAACCGGGUCAUUGUACGAGAAGGACAGACUGGUAAAUUUUCCUGUAAGAUAACAGGGCGACCUCAGCCUCAGGUCACCUGGUUCAAGGAUGAAAUUCAGGUGCAGAAAAAUGAUCGUUUUAACAUGUUUGAGAAAGCAGGCAUCCAGUUUUUGGAAAUCCAAAAUGCUCAGCUGGCUGAUGCUGGAAUUUAUACUUGCACCGUGAUGAAUAAUGCUGGGAAGGCUUCUGUGACUGCAGAACUCAUGGUUCAAGGUCCUGUAAAAAGGGAUGUAUAUUCUCAAUCUCUUUGCACAUCAGCAAAACCCAGUGCCUCUACAAAAUCCACCAUUAUUACCAAAGCUAUUGAAACCCCAGAAUUCAAAAAGCCCACUAGCAAUGGGAUAGUUAAAGAACUCAAAUCAACUACCACAGAGCUUUUGCUUGAACCCAAAGAAAGGCCAUUUGUGAAGAGAGAGUCUCACCUUGCCUCACCCAAAGAAGCCAGAGAGAAUAAAUUGCAACCAGUGAAGGAACCCAGAGGACCACCUAAAGGCCAUCAAGUUCUGCAAAAAACAUCAAGCACUAUAACUCUUCGAUCUGUGAAAAUACAACCUGGACCCAAACCAGAAUUAAAGGCAGUUUCCUCUAAACAGGAAGUUAAUGGGGGAAAAACAAAGCAAUUACUAGCAGCAGGAUGGCAGGCUGCUGCUUCUACCAAGCCAGAUAAUCUGACCACUGAAGAACUGGAAGAUCAUACUGAAUUAAAGAAGAGCACAGUAGAUACAAAGAUUCAGAGGAUCCCUCCUCAAUUUGAGUGUCGGCCUCAAAGCCAGGAAACCCUAGAAGGAGAAGAGGUUACAUUUAGGUGCAGAGUUUCAGGAAAGCCUAAGGCAAAUGUUGAAUGGUUCAAAGAAGGAGCCCCUCUGGAAACAGGAGACAGCAUCCUGAUAUAUGAAGAAGAUGGGGUCCAUUGUUUAUGCCUGAAAAAAAACCAGCUGGAAGACAGCGGAUUUUAUUCUUGCAAAGCUUUCAACCCUGGAGGCCAAGCUUCAACCAGGUGGCUAUUAACUGUAAAAAGGCCAAAAGUGAAGGAGGUAGCUCCCCAUUUUCCCCGGGUCUUGAAAUCCUGCCACGUGAGUGAAGGGCAAGAUUUUACUCUUCGGUGCUCAGUUGAGGGGACACCUGUGCCUCAGGUCACCUGGCUCCUUAAUGAUCAACCAAUUCAGUAUGCAUGUUCUGAUUUUGAAGAUGGAAUUGCAAAGUUGACUAUUCAAGAUGCUUUACCAGAAGAUGAUGGAGUAUAUACUUGUCUGGCAGAAAAUACUGCUGGAAGAGCCUCCUGCUGUGCUCAGGUUACUGUUAAAGCAGAAAAGAGGAGCAGAAUCAAACUGGAAAGUGCACAUGCAGUUCCAGCCAACAAAACCUUUUCUCCAGUCCUCCUGAAAGGCCUAAGUGACCUCAAGGUGAUGGAUGGAAGCCAAGUGAUUAUGACGGUGGAAGUUUCAGCUAAUCCACCUCCUGAAAUAAUUUGGCUUCACAAUGGUAAAGAAAUCCAGGAAACAGAGGAUUUUCACUUUGAGAAGAAGGGCAAUGUGUACCGCCUGUAUAUCCAGGAGGUAUUUCCUGAAGAUACAGGAGAGUACACCUGUGAGGCCUGGAAUGACUUAGGAGGAAUUCAUACUAAAGCAACCCUGACUGUACAAGAACCUCAGGAUGGCAUUCAGCCAUGGUUCAUUAGCAAACCACAAUCAGUGAGAGCAGUAGUGGGACAGAAUGUCAUUGUUUCCUGUGCCAUUGCCGGAGAUCCAUUCCCCUCAGUUCACUGGUUCAAAGAUGGACAGGAACUAACAACAGAAGCAGGCUAUGAAUUCCUACAAAAUGAAGACAUCUUUACAUUGAUUAUAAGGAAUAUUGAGCCCCAUCAAGCUGGCCAGUAUGAAAUACAACUCAGAAACCCAGUUGGAGAAUGCAGCUGUCAGGUAUCUUUGGCGCUGAGAGAAAGUUCAUUUUCCAAAGAAGAAACACAGAAAGAUGGGAGGCAGAAGGAACAGCAAGAGGCUGAUUGUGGGGAUGAUGCACUGAUAUUCAGAAGCAUCAGUGGCUCCUUCAGGAGGAAUACUGGGGAGGCCCAGCAAGUUGAGGAAGAGCAGGAGAGUGUCCGUGGAGUGCUCAAAAGACGAGUAGAAACACGAGAGAGCACAGAGGAGAAGCUGAGGCAACAGGAGGCUGAGCAGAUUGACUUCCGGGACAUUCUGGCAAAGAAAGUUAACACCAAAAGUUUUUCUGAGGAGGAGUUGAAGGAAAUCCCAGCCAAACAAAUGGACUUCCGUGGUACCCUGCAACGGCAGGUCAAGCCGAAAACUUUGUCAGAAGAAGAAAGGAAGGUCCAUGCUCCACAACAGGUAGACUUCCGUGGAGUACUGGCAAAAAAGGGCACUCCCAAACCUUCCUUACUAGACAAGGCAGCAGUUCCAAAGCCAACCACCCCAGAUUUUAGAUCUGUGCUUGCUGCAAAGAAAAAAGCACCAACUGAGAAUGGAGGACCCGGGACUCAAGUCCAGAAUGUGGAUGCUAACUCUGAAGUGCAGAAAUCUAGCGCCAGCUCUAAAGUGCCAGGUAUCAGCAUCGCCUCUAAGGAUCCUGUGGCAUCCAAGAAGUUGGAUGCUACCAAUGCCACUUCUAAACUACCAGAGACCAGCACCGUUUCAGAAUCCCAGGAUACCAGCUCUAGAUAUAAAACACAGAAUGCUGGUAGCAAGAAUGAAGACCAGGUUACUAACUCCAGCUCUGAAAUACCACAUGUUAAAUCAGGAGAGAAAGAGGAUAAGAAUGACAGUAAUUGCCAAGGUGGUUGCCUGCCAGCAGUUGAUGGACGGAUAAAUGAAGAAAAAGGAGAAGACAACAAAACAGAGCCUAAGGGAACAGCACCAUCCUUUACAGAAAAGCUACAGGAUACCAAAGUAGUAGAAGGUGAAAAAUUAGUCUUGCGAUGUCAGGUUUCCUCAGAUCCACCUGCUGCUGUCGUCUGGACUCUGGAUGGGAAAGUCAUCAAAUCAUCAAAGUUUAUUGUUCUCUCCCAAGAAGGCUCACGAUGCUCCCUGACCAUUGACAAGGCUUUUCCUGAGGAUGAGGGCCAGUACAAAUGCAUAGCUGAGAAUACUGCAGGGAAGUCAGAAUGCACUUGCAGCGUCUUGGUGGAAGCGUCUUUAAAGUCAACGGGAAAGAAGAGCAAAAAGCCGAAGAGUUCACUGGGUUCUGUGCAUGGAACAGAGAGUGAGGCAACUGUAAAGAAGAAACCAGCUCCAAAGACUCCGCCCAAAGCAGCUGUUCCUCCUCAGAUUGUUCAGUUCCCAGAAGACCAAAAAGUACGGUCUGGUGAAUCAGUAGAGCUGUUGUGCAAAGUAGCAGGAACCAUGCCUUUAACAUGUACUUGGAUGAAAUUUCGGAAGCAGCUCCAGGAAAAUGAACACAUCAAAAUUGAGAAUGCUGAGAACAGCAGUAAGCUAAUCAUCUCCUUCACAAAGCAGGAACAUUGUGGAUGUUAUACUUUAGUAGUAGAAAACAAGCUGGGUAGUAAGCAAGCCCAAGUCAACCUUACAGUUGUAGAUAAACCUGAUCCUCCAGCAGGAACACCCUGUGCGUCAGACAUCCGGAGUUCUUCCCUCAUCCUUUCGUGGUAUGGCUCCUCGUAUGAUGGUGGGAGUGCAGUGCAGUCCUACAGUGUGGAAAUAUGGGACACAGUGGACAAGAAAUGGACAGAUCUCACUACUUGCCGCAGCACUUCAUACAAUGUACAAGAUCUUCUAGCUGACCGGGAGUACAAAUUCAGGGUGCGAGCUGCUAAUGUGUACGGGAUCAGUGAGCCAAGUCAGGAAUCUGAGCUAGUAAAAGUAGGAGAGAAACAAGAAGGUCCUAAAGAAGAAGAAGAAGCUGAAGGGUCUGAUGAUGAAGAGAAAGAAACAGAAACUAACUAUCGGACAGUGACUAUUAAUACAGAACAAAAAGUUUCAGAAUUCUACCAUGUUGAAGAAAGAUUAGGAUCAGGGAAAUUUGGACAAGUCUUCCGGCUUGUUGAGAAAAAAACUGGAAAAGUUUGGGCAGGAAAAUUUUUUAAAGCAUAUUCAGCUAAGGAUAAAGAAAACAUAAGGCAAGAGAUCAGCAUAAUGAACUGUCUGCACCAUCCAAAACUUGUCCAAUUGGUAGAUGCUUUUGAAGAGAAAGCUAAUGUUGUCAUGGUAUUGGAACUUGUUUCUGGAGGAGAGCUCUUCGAAAGAAUCAUUGAUGAAGACUUUGAACUGACAGAGAGGGAAUGCAUUAAAUACAUGAAACAGAUCUCAGAAGGAGUACAAUUCAUUCAUAAGCAAGGCAUUGUUCAUUUGGACUUGAAACCUGAAAAUAUUAUGUGUAUCAACAAAACUGGUACAAGAAUCAAGCUGAUUGAUUUUGGACUUGCAAGAAGAUUGGAAAAUGCAGGUUCUCUGAAGGUCCUCUUUGGAACACCAGAAUUUGUGGCUCCAGAAGUUAUAAAUUAUGAGCCUAUUGGGUAUGCUACUGACAUGUGGAGCAUAGGAGUCAUCUGUUACAUCUUGGUCAGUGGACUUUCCCCUUUCAUGGGUGAUAAUGACAAUGAAACCUUAGCCAAUGUUACCUCAGCCACCUGGGAUUUUGAUGACGAAGCUUUUGAUGAGAUAUCAAAUGAUGCUAAAAACUUCAUAAGCAACCUUCUAAAGAAAGAUAUGAAGGACCGCUUGGAUUGUACGCAGUGCCUACAGCAUCCAUGGCUGAAAAAAGACACCAAACACAUGGAAGCCAAAAAACUCUCCAAAGAUAGGAUGAAAAAAUACAUGGCUAGAAGAAAAUGGCAGAAAACAGGGAAUGCUGUUCGUGCCAUAGGAAGGCUGUCUUCUAUGGCAAUGAUUUCUGGCCUAAGUGGACGGAAGUCCUCUUCAAGUUCACCAACCAGCCCUGUUAAUGCAGAAAAAAUUGAAGUUGAAGAUGACACGGCCAGCUCUCUCUUAGAAGCAGUUGAUGAAGAAAGAACUCAUGUGAAGCCCUAUUUCUCUAAAACAAUUCAAGAUAUAGAAGUUGUGGAAGGCAGUGCUGCUAGAUUUGACUGUAAAAUUGAAGGUUACCCUGACCCGGAAGUGAUUUGGUACAAAGACGACCAAUCUAUCAAGGAAUCCCGGCACUUCCAGAUAGACUAUGACGAAGAUGGCAACUGCUCUUUGACUAUUUCUGAAGUUUGUGGGGAUGAUGAUGCCAAAUACACCUGCAAGGCAAUUAACUGUUUGGGAGAAUCAACUUGUACGGCAGAACUUAUUGUGGAAACGAUGGGAGAAGAGGAAGAGGAGGAAGAAGAAUGAAUCAGCUGAAGAGGAGAAAAAUCACUCAGUUGAAGACUCUUUAAUGCUCAUGUAGUGUGACAUUAGGUCAUAGUUUCUUGGUUUGUUUCAUCAGCACCAUGGGCUGACACCUGUUUGUUUUAUUUAUGGGCAUUAACUUGAAUUAGCAAGCACUUUAGGUGGCUGUUGUGCUUGGAUUUAGUUUAAGUUAAAGCAUCAGUUGCAUAGCUCAGACAACGAAUGUGAACACACCGUGUGAAGCUAAUCUUCCAGAAUCAACAAUUUCUUUCUUAAACUUACGAUCAGGAGAGGGGAACUGGAUAAUUAUACUAAUUGUUUCAUCAAACAGCAUAGCUAGCAAAGAAUGUUUCUUUGGUGCUCUGUGGCACCAUUGAAGCCUGUAUGAAUCAAGUACGUUUGGAGAACAUGGGGUGCUAUCCAACAGUAAAAUUUUACCUGUGUGAAGCCCACUGGAAAUACAGGAGUAACACAGGAGGUUUCCUGAUGACUCUAGCUGGCUUCUCUUAUCAAACAGAUACACAAAUAUAUUCUGUUAUUAUCCCAAUGGCAUCUUGCAACAUAUUACAAAAUUUAGUUUUUGGUUUUUCCACCAGUGGCAUCUCAGAUUUCCCAUUAAAAGCAUUCAGCUUUCCCCUUGAAUGUUAUUUGUAAAUUCAGAUCAGAAAACCUCAAUUUCAGAGUAAGCCAUUACAGUUUUCCCUGGAAAAUAAGAAAACAAAUACAGUUUAAAUCCAGGCAAAAUAGCUUGACAGUUCUGUAGACUGCAACCUAAAUGUAAUUACCCAGUUUAGAAAAUUAAAGACCUUUUCCCUAUUUUUCUUUGCAGCAGUUGAGCUGAGCGGUGGAUUUUCUUAGUGAAUUGCGUGCUAUUGUGAUCAUCACAUAACAGGUCAAACAAACAAGCAAAAAAGCUGCAGGUGCAAUUUGCAACCAAGUCAGCUAGCACCGUACUUGGUGUGUUGGCUGCAAUCCUACAUUAACUCUGCUGUGAUGAAAGAUGAAUUCCCUGGCAUUCCUGGCUGCCUCACCAUAAGCUCACGUGAUGCUGAAUGGCUUUUCCCCACAGACAGAAAGAAAUCAUAAAUAACGUUCUUUUUCCUGGCUGCAGAUUUCUGCCUGCACCACUGCUCUGAAUGCCGAAAGGAAAACGUGUCACUAUAUUUAUCAGAACAAAGUGAAAGGUUGUGGUUUUGAAAUGUAGGCUUGUUGGAAACAAGCAGUAUGUUGUGAAAAGUCAGUGCUUGUGUGAUGCAACUCAGGCUGAUUUGUAUCAUUACUUUGCGCUUAUUAAAACAGUUAGCUAGAAACUGGAUAGUCAGAAAAGAGAGUUAGAUUGCAAGGUUCUCUACAAGUCCCAACAAACCACAAACUCAGUAUUUGUGAGGUUGAUGCCUUACUCGUAAACAUAUACACACAAACACAGAGAGACACUUAAUGGUAAAAAGAAAAUAAGUAUCUUCCUCCAAACUGAUCAGCACAUUCAGAUUUUUUCCAUGUUGCUUUCCUUUCACAGUUAGCUGCCAUUCAGAAGCCAUGAAACUUUACACAUGAACACCUAACAGUACCUGUCUACACUUAGUACAUCUUUCCAACUGUGAGACUUUUCUCCACUUCCUGUGCAAGAUGCAAACAUUUUCAAUGUAACCAUUGGCUUUGUUGAAGAACACAGACAACAAAUCUUGCAUUAGCUUCUCAAGGCAGAAGAGGAAAAUUAAGUAUAUUUCAAUACAGAUACAUACAGUAUCUUUAGAAUGUUUGAUCUUAUUAGUCUUACAUGUUCUGUAUUCGCUUGUCUGCCUGUUUGAAUGCAGAUUUUCAAAAUUCCAUUUAUGACAUUUACUCACAAUUGCUGUGGGUUUUUUAUUACUGCUUUUGCUGUUUCUUAGUUGAGGUUACCAGCAUGUCUUCUUUUUAAGUGGAUGAGGAACCUUUGUUAUAAUAAAACACAGUAAUUGCCAGUUUGCCACACGUUGUUAUAAGGCAAGAGUUUUAAUAUUAUUUAGUGCAUACAAAGCAUUUUCUCACAUUUUUUCAAUGUGUUAAGAAAACAAUGGGGUGUAUUUUUGUAUAUCUUAAUUAAAAAUAUGCUAAUGUUUUCUGGUGUCUUAACAGAGAGGGAAUAUUCGAGAACACUACAGCUGUAGUUACUCACAGUUUUUCAAUAAAUACAUAUCACAAAGCA